AUGAGCAUCUCGCAGGAGCCCCCAGCGCCAACAACAGCACCCGUAGUUCAAGGCCGACUCAUCGGUCACUUUCAGGACCGUCCGCUGAAUGGCCACGCUUCCGGCUGGUCUUCCCUCUGGGGCUCAAAUGAGAGUGGUCUCUGGGAUCGCGGGAGACCCUCUCUCGCACUAGUUGACCUCAUCGAGGAAGAGGAAAACGCCAUCUUCCAACCAACAAAGUCAAAUGGCGAGCGGAAAAAAGCCCUCGUACCCGGCUGUGGACGUGGCUACGACGUAGUCAUGCUCGCUCUACAUGGUUUUGAUGCCUACGGGCUCGAGAUAUCAGCAACUGGGGUAGCCGCCGCCAGAAAAUACGCGGCAACUGAACUACGAAAGCCUCAAAAGUAUAACUUUGGGGCUGGGUGGACAGGACCGGUGGAGCCGGGGAGUGUUACUUUCGUGGAGGGAGAUUUCUUUAAAAACUGGGAACGACAGGUCUCCACAGACGGAGAAGUCAAAUUUGACCUAGUGUAUGAUUACACGUUCCUUUGCGCUUUACACCCGCAGAUGCGCCCGCAGUGGGUAGCGCGCAUGGGCCAGCUAGUACGACCCGACGGAGUCUUGGUUUGUCUGGAGUUCCCCAUGUACAAGGAUCUGACCCAGCCUGGUCCGCCUUGGGGACUGAACGGUGUCCAUUGGGACAUUCUGGCGCGGGGAGGCGAUGGGUUGAAGAACAUAGGCAAAGAGACUGAGGUUGAUCAGGUCGAUGAAUUACCCGGUCGGUUUAGGAGGUUACUCUAUCGGAAACCCUCCCGAUCGUACGAGGCUGGGAGAGGACAGGACAUGUUGAGCGUUUAUGCGCCCAAGUAG